AUGUCAGAAAACCCGCCUGUCGUUCUCGAGCCGAACUCCCUCUAUCUCUCCACAGAAAUCCUCAUGUCAGACGGCUUUCACUACGCUCUAUUCGUCACCGACGCCAAUGGUGCAUCCACACGCCACGACUGGGCGGAGGAUCUCUCGCGCGAGACACCUGAACGCUACUUCCAUCGCUCAAUAGACUCGGUAGCCACAUACACGCCGGAGGGCAGACUCAUAUUUGCCUACUUCAAGGUCAGAGGAUACGUCCCACCCCCGCCCGACUUUGACUGGGUGGCGGAGUUCAGCGGGAUCUUCCCGAAUGGCAGCUACCCGUCGUGGAUCGAGAAUCGCAAGCAUAAGAUGUCAUGCCGUACAUGGGUGUUACGCGCGUUGGCGUUGCUGCGCGACCGUGGCGCACUUACGCGGUCAGACAAGGUAACGGAUAUAGAGGCUGCAAUUGAGGAGCAGAGCCAAGCGCUGGAGAAAGGACUGGGAAAUGCUGCAGAGGGCGAAGAGUACUAUGCUCGCGUACUAGAACUGUAG